AUGGCGGAGGACAGCGAGUCUGCGGCCAGCCAGCAGAGCCUGGAGCUGGACGACCAGGACACGUGUGGGAUAGACGGGGACAAUGAGGAAGAGACCGAGCACGCCAAAGGAAGUCCCGGAGGGGAUUUGGGAGCCAAAAAAAAAAAGAAGAAACAAAAGAGAAAAAAGGAGAAACCGAAUUCUGGAGGCACCAAGUCAGAUUCUGCAUCGGAUUCCCAGGAAAUUAAAAUCCAGCAGCCUUCAAAAAAUCCCACCAUUCCAAUGCAGAAAUUGCAGGAUAUCCAGAGAGCAAUGGAGCUGUUAUCCGCGUGCCAGGGCCCAGCCAGGAACAUUGAUGAGGCUGCCAAACACAGAUACCAGUUCUGGGACACGCAGCCAGUACCCAAACUAAAUGAAGUCAUAACAUCUCAUGGUGCAAUUGAGCCAGAUAAAGACAAUGUACGUCAAGAACCAUAUUCUUUGCCACAAGGUUUCAUGUGGGACACCUUAGAUUUGAGUAACGCGGAAGUGCUCAAGGAGUUAUACACAUUGUUAAAUGAGAACUAUGUAGAAGAUGAUGACAAUAUGUUCCGGUUCGACUAUUCAUCCGAGUUCCUAUUGUGGGCUCUGCGUCCCCCAGGCUGGCUCCCGCAGUGGCACUGUGGAGUCAGAGUGUCUUCAAAUAAAAAACUAGUAGGGUUCAUAAGUGCCAUACCGGCAAACAUUCGGAUUUACGACAGUGUGAAGAAGAUGGUAGAAAUCAACUUUCUCUGUGUUCACAAAAAAUUGAGAUCAAAGCGGGUAGCCCCCGUAUUAAUUCGAGAAAUAACCAGAAGAGUGAACCUGGAAGGCAUCUUCCAGGCUGUUUACACUGCUGGGGUGGUUCUUCCCAAGCCAGUGGCCACGUGCAGAUACUGGCAUCGAUCACUAAACCCCAGAAAAUUGGUAGAAGUGAAAUUUUCUCACUUGAGUAGAAAUAUGACUUUACAGAGAACAAUGAAGCUAUACAGACUUCCAGAUGUUACAAAGACUUCAGGUUUGAGACCGAUGGAACCAAAAGAUAUCAAAGCAGUUAGAGAAUUAAUCAACAGCUACCUGGAGCAAUUUCAUCUGGCCCCGGUGAUGGAUGAAGAGGAAGUAGCCCACUGGUUUCUCCCCCAGGAGCACAUCAUUGACACGUUUGUAGUGGAGAGUGCACGGGGAGAACUGACUGACUUCCUGAGCUUCUACACACUCCCUUCAACAGUGAUGCAUCACCCUGUCCACAAGAGCCUCAAAGCUGCGUACUCCUUCUACAACAUUCACACGGAGACGCCCCUCUUAGACCUCAUGAAUGAUGCACUCAUCAUAGCCAAAUUGAAAGGAUUUGAUGUAUUCAAUGCACUAGAUUUGAUGGAAAAUAAGACAUUCUUGGAAAAACUCAAAUUUGGUAUAGGAGAUGGCAAUUUGCAGUAUUACCUGUACAACUGGAGGUGUCCAGGGACAGAUUCUGAAAAGGUUGGACUUGUAUUACAGUAG